UCUAAAUUCCUUAGUUGGCAUAGCAUGUUUAAUCCACCUCUUGAUGUGGGUUAUCUAAUGCAUAACUGAAGCAUAUAAAUCUCAGUAGUAGUUUAGUUAUUUUUUUUGUUUUUUUAUAAACCGUCAAUCGACUUGUCACUGCUGUUCCAAAGAUUUAGGGUUUUGGAGUACAGAAGGAAAUUGCAGCGCUGACCCGGAUAAGUUUUCAAAAUGUGUUCUUUUAUUGUUAGUAGUUUCGUCCGAAUAUAAACAGCUUGGUCACUCUGUUGUUCAUCGUCUCCCCAUGCUAUGCUCCAUUCCAGCAUCUCGAAUUCGCAGGAAUCCUAUAUUUCCCGUCUGUACUUCCAGCUUUUACUUCUCCGGCGCUGUCGUUACUCAAGUUUUCAUCGAGGAGAGCUCUCAAUCCGAGAUCGAUAACAAAACCCAUCGUCAAAAUUCAACCUUUUGCCCCUCUCCUCCAAAUGUUAGGCCAAAUCAUAAUAAAGUCCGCACUCGGUGUUGCGCUGUUAGAGAUCAGAAUAAGACAUCCCACCCUGCACAGACUUGGGCUCGGCAGAAGAUGCAGGAAUGCGCCAGGGCGGGCAAUCUUCUCGAAGCUGUGCACCAUCUCAAUCUUUCGAACUCAACCAUUCUCGAUUACAAUGCACUUUUCUACUGUUAUCUCAAACAGGGUCGUAUUUCUGUGGACCAGUUAGUGCAAGUCUUUUUUGGGAUGAAGAGAUUUGGCCCAUUCCCUAAUGGUUGGACAUUCAAUAUACUUUUUAAUGGAUUAUGCGCUUUAGGAUUAUUGCAAGAUUCUUUCUUUGUGAUAGAAGAGAUGCGUCUCAACAAAUUUGUUCCUUCUUUAUCUAUUUUGACGAAGCUAUUGAAGAAAUCUUUGAAGUCAGGUAUCUUUGAUCUUUCUCAUAAAGUUAUUGAACUAAUGUUUAGAUACGGCUAUAAGCCAACACUUCCAGCUUUGAAUUCUUUGAUUUCUGGUUUUAGUAGUGAUGGAAACAUUCUUGAGGCCAAUUCCUUAUUUUGGAUGUUAAUUGCGAAAGGCUUUGCUCUCAAUGUGUACACAUACAAUCCCAUUUUAUCCAGCUUAUGCAAGUCUGGGCAAAUAUCUAAUGCUCUAGCUUUCUUAUGUAGUUUGAGGAAAAGAGGAUUUGUUCUCAAUGCGUAUUCUUAUACAUCAUUGAUUUUUGGAUUCAGUAGAGAAGGUUUGUGGGAAGAUGCUUAUUUUGUUUUGGAGUUGAUGCAGAGCAAUGGCUGUUUGCCAACUGCUGUAACUUAUACUGUACUCAUUAAAUUUCUUUGCAAGUAUAAUUAUAUUGAGGAUGCACUAAGAAUUUAUGGGGUGAUGGAUAGUAAAGGCUGCAGUCCAGAUCAAAUCACUUAUAAUGUAUUGCUUCAUGCCCUUUGUACCCAAAAUAGAAUUUUUGAUGCCAAUAAAUUGGUGGAAGACAUGUUGGAGAAGGGCUUUGAUCCUGAUAAAUUUACCUAUUGCACUCUGGCUAAUUGUAUGUUGAAAACUGGAAUAGUUAGGAAAUCUCAAGAGCUUCUCCUUAAAGUACUAUCAACUAACAGUCAUUUUGAUGUUGCUACUUGGAAUGUUUUCUUCCAUUGCUUAUGUUAUGAUAAUCGGGCGUUGGAGGCGUCAUCAUUGUUGAUGCAUAAGGUAGGAGAGGGUUUUGUCCCCACCAAUGUGACUUGCAACACUAUUUUGAAAGGUCUUUGCAUGGAGAAGAAACUCAACGAGGCAUUAACGUUUUUGGAUCGAAACGAGUGGGCUAGAGAGGGGCCUGAUAUAAUUUCCUUCAAUACUAUUUUAUCUGCAGCAUGCAAUGAGGGUUACUCUUCAAUGAUACGGAGGAUCUUUUAUCGCAUGGAAGCUGAAGGAAUUGAGGCAAAUGUUAUCACUUUGACCUGCUUAAUGAAAUACUUUGGAAAGACUGAUAAUUUAUUUAGUUGUUACAGUAUCUUUACGUACAUGAUCAACAAUGGUUACAAUCCUACUACAGUAACUUAUAAUGUUCUUCUUGACAUACUUUGCAAGAAGAACAUGCUUGAAAAUGCUUGCAAAAUGUUUAUUAGAUUCAAAGGCAGUGGGUCAUUUCCAGAUACUACUUCAUAUAAUAUUCUGAUACAUGCUGCAAUUGGAAAAAGUGGCUAUCUCUCAGUUAUGUGCCUUUUAGCUAGCAUGUAUAGAUGGGGUUUAUCUCCUGAUGGCGUCACAUAUGCGUUAUUAAGUUCUGGCUUAUGCAGGUUGAGAAGUAUACGUGCCGCACUUCGCUUGGAGGAUGUGAUGAUUGAACAGGAAGUGAAACCAAGUGUAUCUUUUUACAAUAACAUCAUGGAUGCAAUGUUUAGGGAAGGUAGAUUGGGGGAUGUCUACUGGUUAGUGCAUAAGAUGAAAAUUUAUGGGAUUGAACUAAAUGAAGCUUCCAGUAAAAUUUUCGACCGUGCACUUUCGAAAGGGGGUAGGAAGAGAUUUCCUAAAGCCAUGAUGAUUCUUGGAAACCUCAUAAGAAAAGGGAAAAAUCCAUCUGACAAGGAUAAAAGUUGAAGUUUGAAAUCUUACAUUGCUUAUGGCUUUUCUGUUGCAGUCUUAUAUAUGGGGACCAUAAAGUUGUCGAGUGAGGCCGAUAUUGCAAAGAAGAGCAUCAUGAAACACUAACUCUAUAUGCAACUUCAAGCUUUGAUUAUGACGUCUCCAGUACUUCUCUGAAUAAAUGUCGAACAAGUACAUUUGACCUUAUAAAAGAUUCUAUGGUUUCUAUCCUGCCAUAUAUGCCAGAUAGUUGGUGCAACUGCUACACUUUGAUUCUUUAAUUCAUAGUAUUUACUUUCAGUGAAACUUGCUAGCAGAUCCUGUACUUUUCUUUGGCACCCUACCCCACUGCAAAGUUUUUUUUUCAAAUUCCUCUACCAUUAGUGCUAAUAACUGUGCAAUUAUUCCUUUCACCUUUAUUGUCAUUAUAGUCUUCAAACUCAAGCUAACAUCUACUAUGUCACUUUGAGUUUGCGAGGAACAUUUUCAUAUCUAAAUAAUCACAUUUGUUUGGUACUGCUCCUAAAAUAAUUUUUGAGUAUAAAAUUUUCUAAUUCAAGAAAUUUUUGUACUCGAAAGCUGUUUUAGAAAACAACAAAAAAGUUGUCCCAAACAAAACCUUAUUCAUUUACAUUGUGUUUUUUUAUUGCUCUAUUCAAUUCUCUCCCCACAUCAUGUGAUAAAGGCUUGAUGUUGUUGUUCUAUUAAAUUCUCUCUCUUCCUCUCUCUCUUUAUAUAUAUAUAUAUAUAUAUAUAUAUCAUAUGAGCUAUCAAGUCAAGAUGUAGUCCUUUAUACCAAUCAAAGCAAAUUAUCACAUUUGAAUGCCUUCAGAUUAUUAAUUCCCCUGGAAUAUUUUGUGAAAUAGAAGUCUAAUUUCAAAUACUGGAAAAAAAGAAAAAGAAAAAAAAGGAUGCCCUCCCCUUUAUAAAGAAAACUGAAGGUUCAUAAAAUUCAAGGUUUUGAGCUUCUGCAGAAAAUCCUUCUGCUGACAUUAUUUCCCAAUUCCUAUUCCUGGUAAUUUCUAUUCAUUGUUUCUCAAACUUCUCUUCUUUCACCCAGGUUUGAAUUCUUUUAGCAUUCUAAACGGGAUCUAAUGCUUUCCGAAAUCUUUCUGCAGCAAUCUCCCUGCAACCAGCUGUGUGGAACGCCAUCCUUGAGAGCAUUAUUAAAAUCCUUAACAAAAUUUGGGAUUAAGCAAUCAGCCAUGAACAGAAGCAGCUUACUGCUAUUACUGUUGAUAUUGGUGUUUCCAUGGACUGCUAAAGUCAAUGCUUUUCAGAAUUCCAAUCUGUCAUGAUAUCCUUAUCAAUAUGUGAAAUUCCUUUAUCUAAAGAUAUGCCAUGUUGCAACCUCACUGGAAAUGGGAUUUUCUGUACUUCCUCUGCUGAAAAUCUCUUGGGCCAAGUGUUUCAGCAGAUGGGUUUUACUGGCUGGUUGCAGAAUCUUACUUCGUUGGAAGAUAUUUUGCUGCUAUGGAUCCUUUGGCUGGCAGAUGGUUCUGCUGAUUGAUCUCAAUAUCAAUUAUGAUCUCUUGGAUUGUUAAAUAUUUUUUGGGUUUUUCUUUUUAUGGGCUGACUGAGUCCCUAUUGUUUUGAAAAAAAUUAUUCUGUGCGGACACCGGACGUUAUCCGGAGACAAAUCAGGGCGCACCAUGUCACCUUUUUGCUGUGUUUCAUGGCUAUGUACUGCAUGAUGCAGCACACUCUGAUUCGCCUCCGAACGGUCCGGUGUCCGCACAAAACAAUCUCUCGUUGGUUUGUAUUUUGGCAUAAUCUGCUUAUUUCAUUUAUGAAAUUUGGACAAGGCCGUUAAUUUCCCCCAAAACAUAAAGAUUGGUCUGACUUGUUUGGCAAUGCUCAUCAAUUUCCCAACAGAUAUUGAAGAUUGUUCAUAGAUUAUUGUGGGAUGGUUUUGAGGAGAUUUCCCAAUAGAUUAAUAAAUUAUUCUACUUCUAUUC